AUGAGCGCCGCGUCCGACUCGACGUCAACCAGCGAUGCCUCGACUGUGACGGUGCUGGCGCGGAAUCCGCUGCAGUGCGCCGAUGAUAAGUGGCUGCGAGUGGCGGAUGAUACUCCAUCGGCCAGGUGGUGCUGCUGCAUCGGCGACUCGAUGCGCCGCAGCGACUCACUCCAUCAAGCCCUGGCCCACCUGCUGAACUACUAUCCGCAUCUGACAGGCCGUAUUGCGUUCAAUCCAGACGCCCAAGAUCGAUCGCCUCGGCACCGAAGCGUUCCACGCCGCCGCUGCGGCCCCGUCCGACGACGAUGGCGACGACGGCGCCGCGCCGCGCCGCGCCUGGUCGCACUGACCCUGCCUGGGGCCGGCGGCAACGCACUGCUGGCCCCAUUCGACCCCAGCAUGGAGGGUGUGUGCUGCGACCCGAUCUUGACGGUGCAGCACACGCGCUUCGCCUGCGGCGGCGUCGCGCUCGGUGUGCGCCUGCUUCACAUGGUCUGCGACGCCGACGGCUUCUUCCAGUUCCUAAUCUAUCUGGCUGAUCCACCCGCCAUUGCACAG